AUGCCCACUCACGUUCGGUCCAAGUCGGAGCUGACCCGUCAGCGGGAAGUUUUCAAAUACGCUUCGUCUAUCUUGUCAAAUAUCGACGUUCACGAAGACGGUAUCCCACAAACAAACGAGCCACGCAUUGCAUCCGACAACACCGCGCUGACAGCAUUCGCCCAGCUAUGCGCCUGCCAGACAGGCACAUCUCGAUCUUUCAUUUCACUGUUCGAUGAGAAACAUCAGUAUGUAGUUGCUGAAGCCACUCCGAGCCUUCCGCUCGUGCCUAGCAUCCUGCACGAAGACCUAUGGUUCUGUGGUCAUGCCUUUCCCAGACGCAACGGCAUUUGCGAACACACCCUGUUUGAAGCCGACAAGGUCCGCGACACUGGCAGUCCCAAGCCUGCUGAGCUCCCUGUUGUGGUGAUCCCCGACCUCACAGCAGAUGCACGCUUCAAAUCGAAAGCCUGCGCCAUCGGUGACCCCGAACAUCCUCCACGAUUCUACGCGUCGGUCCCUAUUCGAACGUCAAAAGGAGUCAGCAUAGGCGUAAUCUCUGUGAUGCAUCCUGUGCCUAUUGCGACUUGGUCCAAAUUCGAAACCCAGACUCUGAGGAACAUCUCCCAUGUCGUCAUGAGCUACCUCGAAGGCAACAGAACCACUGCUCAUUUACGCAGCGAACGUAUGAAUAAGGGAAUCUCGGCAUUCAUGGAAGAGAAUUUUAGCUUGUCCGGGAGCCAUUUGGGUCCCACCACUGCCGAUCUGGUCCAAACAUCCACGUUAAACGACCCUUCCGACGCCGCUCCCCGACACCUCAAAGGCAGGGAGAAUCUAAAUUCCCCAGAGCCUCCGCCCUCGUCGGCAGGCUCGGACACGGCUAACACUCAACCGACGCCACUCUCGGAACUCGACGACCCUUUCUCCACGGUUUCUCCAUUGGAAGCAGUAAUGACCGGCGACACAUCGAUACCCAGUAACCGGAGCCCUGCCAGUAGCCCGAGCCCCACCAUUCCAUCCAUCCAACUGGCCACCAUGUCGGCCUUCGAGAUUCAGAUGCAUGCGGAAACAUCACGGAAGAGUGCCAUAAAUCUCAUCUUCUCCAAUGCUGCAGAGAAGAUUAGGCAAGCUACGGAUGUCGAAGGUUGUCUCUUCCUUGACGCUACCCCAGGAGGCUUUGGCGCCCUUAGGAGUCCGGCUGUAGAGGACCCCAGCGCGCAGCUGGGUUCGUCUUCUAACAGUAGCGAUGAGGGCACUGAUUCUUCGACGGACAGUCAAUUGUGGCCACCGGCACGAGUCCUUGGGUUCUCAACAUCUGAAAGGGGAGGCAUUGACGGCCCUGAGCACAUCACUCGCCAUGCGGCCGUUGCGGAAAAGCUACUUGGAACACUCGUGAGAAGAUAUCCCAAGGGGAAAUUGUUCACUUUCGACGCAAGCGACAACCUUCACCCCACCGACUCAUCAGAAGAGGACCGGCUCAGGGCGCUCUCGACACUUCAAGAUCAUUUGUUGCAAAGCCGUGGCGGCCAUGCGCGUCAAGGCCCUCGGAACAAGCCUUGGGCUAGACAGAACGAAGGUCGAGAUCUUCUCCGGAUCUUUCCAGGAGCCCGCAGCGUUGCUUUUGUUCCCGUAUGGGACCCACGGAAGAACAGAUGGUAUGCUGGCGGCUUUGUCUACAGCCGGCAAACCAAGCGUGUUUUCACCGUUGAGGGAGAGCUCAGUUACUUGAGAGUUUUUGGUAUACUCGCUAUGACGGAGACCCUGCGACAUGAGUUAAUACUCGACGAGAAGGCUAAAUUCGAUGCGCUCAGCUCCAUGUCUCACGAGUUGCGGUCUCCUCUUCACGGCAUCAUUCUUGGAAUCGAGCUUCUCAAUGAUACGGAUUUGAGCGUUGCCCAGGGCGACAUAGCUCAUACGCUUGAAGCCUGUGGCAGAACUCUUACUGACACCUUGGAUCAUCUUCUAGACUACUCCAAGGUUAACAACUUCCAGACAACUCGGCGUCCGCUUGCCAGGGGCUUGCGCCAUGGCAAGCCCCAAUCUAUCGGGGCCGGCAUGAUGACGCUGAACUCCAACAUACAAAUCGAUGUUCUUGCCGAAGAGGUCAUGGACAGCGUUUUCGCCGGCUUCAAUUUCCAACAUAUGUCCAUUGCGCAGCUCAAAAAGAAGAACAGAACCAGCGAUCCUGAUGUUGCUGCCAACCAAUACCUUGACAGCCUUAGGGCUCAAGAAGAACUCGGCCUAGGUUCAGACAAUCAACAUACCAGCCAAGUCGCCUUUGACGACGUUAUGGUGCUUUUUGACGUGGACCCUAACUGCUCAUGGGUCUUCGAUACUCAGCCCGGCGCCAUCCGUCGCAUCAUAAUGAACCUCUUUGGCAACGCGCUGAAAUACACGCAUAGCGGAGUCAUUAAGGUGCUUCUCGAGCAGAAGAGCCCGAAGACUGGGGGGGCCAACCGCGAACGACAAGUAACCAUCACUGUUUCUGACACGGGAUGUGGAAUCGGCGAAGACUUUCUGCGCUACCAGUUGUUUAAGCCAUUCUCCCAGGAAGACCCUCUUGCGCCCGGCACAGGCCUAGGGCUAAGCCUGGUCAAGCGGAUGACCUCUCAGCUCCGUGGGCGUAUGUCGGUCCAGAGCCGUGUCGGGCUGGGCACUUCGACCAGCGUGACGCUGCCUCUUUCGGUCCCUCUCACCGUCCCAACCGACGAGCCGGAUUAUGCCUCUGAGGAUCCGUUCCCGCAACAGCGCUUGGAGCUAUCUGGUCUUCGAAUCCGACUACUCGGGUUCGAAGGCAUCAUGCCGUUAGUAAAUGGUGACAGCCACGACAGUCAUGCAUCCAUCGAGAACAUUUGCCGAAACUGGCUUCAAUUGGAAUUAGUCCCAGACUCUCAGGCACACAAAGCAGUGCCCGACCUGAUCCUAGUUUCAGAGGAUGCACUUCCUGAGAGGGCCAAGGACAAGACUCUUUCGAAGCUUCCAUGCGUCGUCGUGUGUGUCAACGCUCUAGUCGCUCAUCAGCGUUCAUCUGAGCGGAGCGAUUAUAAGGGAAUUGUCGAGUUUAUCUCCCAACCAUGGGCAGCUGUACAGGCAGAAUGGGCGAGCUCAGGCCCCGACUCGCCGCUAACGCCGGCUCAAAAGACAAUCGAAUCAUCGAUCAACUACCAGGGAUUAGAGACACCUCCGUCGUCAACAAACUCUUCGACUACAGAAAUUCCGGUUGUUCCUGCGAGACCAAAGCAGCCAAGGAUGCUGUCUUCCCGGCCGAAGCUUUACAAAGCCCCUUCAAUCAUUAACCUUACAUUGGAGUUCUUAUUGGUGGAGGAUAACCCGAUCAACCUCAAGAUCCUCUCCACCUAUAUGAACAAGCUUGGAAGGAAAUACCAUACGGCGACCGAUGGCUUGCAGGCCGUUGAAGCAUACAAGAAGAACCCAAGCGCGUGCAAGUACAUUCUCACCGAUGUGUCAAUGCCGGUCAUGGAUGGGUUUGAGGCGACAAGGCAGAUCAGAGCGUACGAGCGGUUGCUUGGCCUGAAGCCGGCGACGAUCAUUGCGUUAACAGGGUUGGCGUCGGACGAUUCGCAAAAUGAGGCGUUUGGAAGUGGGAUGGACCUGUUUUUGACGAAGCCGGUGAAGCUGAAGGAGCUGAGCUCUAUCUUGAAGUCUCGUGGGUUGCUUGGAUAA